AAAAGACAAAAACCCCACAAUUCAAACACAAUGCUAAAAACAAUAUAAAAACAAUUCAAAAACGAUUAAAACCAUUAAAAACGAAUUAAAAUACUUUAAAAAAAACAACACUUUACAAGCCUUGGAAGGCCAGGCCAAACAAAUAGGUUUUUAGGACUCUCUUAAAGGCCGACAGCGAGCCUAAACUGCGGAUAUCUGCUGGAAGUGCAUUCCAUAGACCAGGAGCAGCUACAGAAAAGGCCCGGUUCCGAGUCGCUACCAGAUGUACCGGUGGUAACUGGAAAUGGACCUCUCCAGAUGACCUCAACGAGUGAUGGGGAUCAUACCGAAGAAGUCACUUCGUAACCCGGUAAGACAAGAAAAUGGCAGGCGUGGAAAUCUGUCCUUACUGCAAAAAAACAUUUAAGCGGCUCAAGUCCCACUUGCCUCACUGUAAGCUGGCAGCAUUGGCCUUUGACUCAAGUAGAGCUUUGUCUCCAGACAUGAAGGCUGUUGCACCUACAUUCCUGAAUAAUGAGGCAGGGCAAGGACAGACCAAAAGUGCAGACAUGACCUCCAAAAAAGAAAAGAAGAAAAGUAAACCUGACUUGGUAAAAGAGAAAGCAAAAGUAAAAGCACAUUCUUUAGAGCUACUGGUUACAACUGGAUCAUCGACCACCAGCAGUCACCCAAAGCCAGGUGAAGAUACAGAGAAGCAAAUUAAACAUGCUGCUGAAAAGACAUGCAGAACAGAAGGCAACAGACAAAGAGCCUUAGAAGAGGAAAAGACACAUUUGCAACCAGCUGAGAAGUUGUUUUCAGCAACAAAGCUUGCAAAGGAGGCAGCUGGAACACAGAAAAGCCGAAGCAAAACCACUUCAAAUGAAAAGAAGUUUGCAUCUGGCUCCACUUCAGAACCACGGAUUCAAAGUGGGAAAUCCACUUCAAAAUCUCCUAGCCAGACAGUGAAACCUCCUGCCAAACAAAGGCAAACGAAAGAGGCACCUGCAGAUCAGAGUAUGCCCAGUUGGCUGGAUUCCUCCAUGGGUGAUCUUCAAGGUGUUCCUCAGGAUACUGCUGACAGAGUUGAACUAGUGAUCGAAAACCAUCGUGCAAGAGUGUUGAGAAAUAGGUGUAAAUCCUCUGUUGAAAAUAACCCAUUAAAUGAUGGUACCAUUAACAAACCAGGACACUGCCCUGUAGAAUCCUCAUCAGGAGGAGCAGAGAUUGCCUUGGCUAAUGCGCAAGAAAUUAUUACAGAAACUGUGGACAGAGGGGAAAUGUUAGGUCAUGACCUUGCUGGGGAUGUUUGGAGUGCAGAGACAGGAAGCACAGUGACUACUACCACUAAUGUAUGCACAUCAGAUGACCAUGUCAUGAACAACUGCAGAAAGGUCUCCAGUGUUCCUGUUCAGCUGACUGCCGGAGUAAAAGGCAGGAUAGGAGUGAAUCAGUUAAUGCUCAAAGGAGAGGCAUAUCCUCAAGAGUCUUCUGUUUACUGCACACCCAAGUCAAAUCCCUAUCCUUCAUGUUCUGAAGUUCUCAGAGGAAGAUAUGAGACAUCUAACAAGUACUUAAUUUCCUUGGAAAAAGAGAUUGCUUUAGAUUAUGGGACCAUUGUGGCAGCAGGAAGUAAAAAAUCUGGAGCAUCUUUGCAGCAAUUAUCACUCCAUGCAUUAGAAAUGACUGCUGCCCAUUGGUUUUCAUCACCUGAGAGUGGUGUGCGGCCAAGUUCCUUGGGACUAGAGUGGUUUCCAGAACUCUAUCCUAAUUAUCAUGCGCUGGGCUUAUUUUCAAGGAAGGAGCCUCUGUGGGACACAAGAAUCUCAGAAGCACAAGUUCUCAUUCUCCCUUGUGAAGGCCAGCAAGUUCCACUGGCAAAGAAGUGUCUGAUGGAUGUAAAGCUCCAAGAUCUCCCUGCUUGGCUAACCACUCGUGACUUGUCCCCACAGGGGAUGCUUAGAGUGCCAUACAGAGCCUGGAACGGAUAUUACAACAAAUACAUCAAUGUGAAAAAAGGUGGAGUGGCUGGGAUCUCAAUACUGCUGCUGGGCUAUUGCGUCCUCAGCUAUGCCUGGAGCUAUGAACACAUUAAACACAGUCGUUGGCGGAAAUAUCACUGAUGAGGAUGCAAGAGAAUAGACAGAAGCCUUGGUUUGAGCAAACUGAGCAUGGGUGUUGACCUGCUCCAGUAGGAACAAGAUGUGUUGAAGAAUGCUGCUGGACAGUGUUGUUAUGAAGAGACAUGCAUCACCUAUAUAGUAGUUGUCUGUUUCCCUUGGAACAAUGGGAACGCUUCCACUCAUAGCAGAGAUGGACAAACUGUUGUAUGUGGCUUGCUGCCAAAAAAUGACAGAUGUAAUCCUAAGUCAGUGUCCACUGGCUUUAGAAUGCAAUUAAAACAAAAACAAAGCCUU